AUGGCCUUUCGAACCUCUGUCCGCCGCGUGGCACUCGCCCGCCCUUUCGCUGCCACGCGCAGCUUCCAUUCAACGCCGCGCGCCUUUGUCAAGGCCGGCGAUGGGCUGCCCGACUUUGACGGUCUCUUUGAGAACUCCCCCGGCAACAAGGUCAACCUGUCCGAGGAGUUCAAGUCGUCCAAUGGAUACAUUGUUGGCGUUCCUGGGGCCUUUACGGGUACCUGUUCGAGCUUACACGUCCCUUCGUACAUCAACCACCCGGGAUUGAAGACAGCAGGUCAGGUGUUUGUUGUUUCUGUCAAUGACCCGUUUGUUAUGAAGGCAUGGGCUGAGCAGCUUGAUCCUGCCGGGGAGACGGGCAUUCGCUUCAUUGCCGACCCCUCGGCAGGGUUCACCAAGGCGCUGGACAUUGGGUUUGAUGGCAGCGCCAUCUUUGGCGGUGUGCGAAGCAAGCGCUAUGCCUUGAAGAUUGAGAACGGCAAGGUCGCCAAGACGUUUAUUGAGCCGGACGGCACUGGUGCUGACGUGUCGAUGGCGGAAAAGGUGCUUGGCUAG